AUGAGUACACUGGAUAAAGCCCAACUAAAAACAUUUGUAGAACAGACCAUAUCCUCUGUUUCGCUCCCUGCGCUUCCUCAGCCGUACUUUGACGAGAGCUACUGCAUAUCCGACACACCACCAGAAAAACAGCCUGAGACAAUAGAAGAGGAAAUAGCAGGAGUCAUCGAGAUAAAAAACAACAAUCUUCCUUACGACUACGAAAGCAUCACGCCAAAAUAUCCGCACAUUUCCUUUGAACCUGACAACUUCCAAAAACAGUGUUUUUACUAUAUCAACAAAAGCCAAAGCAUAUUCGUAACUGCCCAUACAAGCUCUGGAAAAACACUCAUAGCAGAGUAUGCGAGCUACAUAGCAGAGCUGCACGACACACGAAUGAUAUACACGUCUCCCAUUAAAGCCCUCAGCAACCAGAAGUACAGAGAGUUUGCGCAAAAGUUUGCAAGCGUGGGCAUACUGACGGGAGAUGCGCAGAUAAACAGCACUGCGAAGACUUUGGUAAUGACCACAGAAAUACUCAGAAAUAUGCUGUACAGAGGGAGCACCAUUUUAGACGAUGUUGAGUUUAUUGUCUUCGAUGAAAUCCACUACCUCGGAGAUAAAGAGAGAGGCGUGGUCUGGGAGGAGGUGAUAAUCAUGCUCCCCAGACACAUCAGUCUUAUUUUCCUAAGCGCAACCAGCCCAAAUGCAAAGGAUAUGUGCAGCUGGAUAAGCGUAAUAAAAAAUAAAGAAAUGUAUCUGAUCGGAACAGAAAAAAGAGCAGUGGAGCUGGAGCACGGGAUAUACUUCAGAAACGAACUGUACAUGCUCACACAGAAGAACAGGUUUGAUCACGAAGAGUACAUGCGGGCAAAGAACGCAGGCGCAGUGGAGGUGUUCAAAGGAAAGCAGAAAAUCAAUCCUGCACUGCUGCUUAAAAAGGGGCCAGAGCCCAAGAAAAAAGCACCGACAGUUUUGGACACGCCAAUACACAUAGCAAGAGAUCUAAUAGAGAGAAAUCUAGCACCAGUUGUAUUUUUUGAUUUUUCGAAGGCCCGGAUAGAGCAAUCCUUCUCAAUGUGCGACUGUCUGGAUCUUACAACAGUUGAAGAAAAAUCUCUCAUAAAGGGAUUCAUUGGGGAUGCGCUUCAGAAGAUUCCAAAGUCAGACAGAGAUCUCCCGCAGAUUAACUUUGUAGUGCCCAACUUAAUCAGAGGAGUAGGGAUGCACCACUCGGGUCUUCUGCCUAUUCUCAAAGAAAUCAUAGAGAUGCUUUUCACAACAGGAGCACUUAGAGUGCUGUUUUCCACUGAAACUCUGGCCAUGGGGCUGAACAUGCCCGCAAGAACUGUUGUAAUCCGAACGAGCAAAAAGUACAACCCAGAGCUUCGCAAUUACGUUGAUAUAAGCGUGGGAGAGUACACACAAAUGGCGGGGCGUGCAGGGAGAAGAGGAUACGACAUAAAAGGAACAUCUAUCCUGGAGUGCACGGGACAGGAGAUACUCCCAGAAAAACUCUUAGUGAACUUGCAAACAGGGACUGCAGGAGCCAUAGAGAGCAACUUUUACAUUACGGCCAGAAUGAUACUUAAACUUUUAAGAGUAAAAAGCGUAUCAAUUGAAGAAAUGGUACGGCUUAGUUUUGGAAAAUCAAAAACAGAGCAAGAGAUAAGAAAAGACCUUCAAAUACAAAAAUCAUUGAAGGUGGAGCUAUUGCAUUCUGUCAUAUCCUGUGAAGAGUGCGCAGAUGCUCUGGAGUACAUAGACAGCUACUGCACAGCUCUGAAACAGCUCUCCCUCGUCUAUGGCUCAGAUGAUUCUUUAGCCGACAAUCCCAAUUAUGUGGUUAUACGAUCUACGAUUGCAGAGGUGUCUAAAGUACCGCACCACAGUGUUCUACAGGAUAUUUCAAAUAGCGCAGAGACACCGCCUAUACUAGUGAUUGAUCGCACAACAAAAGAGCCGGUCUCUUUCCCAAGAAAAGAUUUUAAGUUACUAAAAACACAGAUAGAUGGAAUCAGCGCAUGGAAAGAUCUCAGCAGAUUUAAAUGCCUAGAAUGCAAAGAGUUCCAGGAGCACUACAAAGGGUACCUGAAAGAGUACACUAUACGAGAAAAGAUAAAACAGAUUGACCAAAAGCUGGCAUCGACAAACACAUCCGGUCUUGCGUGCAACAACUACUUCAACUACAUCAUGUUCCUCCGAACUCUCGACUACAUAGACAAUCUAGAUAACAUAAAACUGAAAGGAAAAAUAGCGUAUGAGUUCAAUGCAAUCGAAUGUGUUCUUACAACAGAAGUACUGCUAUCACCUAAAAUCUCUGAAAUGGAAACAUCGCAUCUUAUUAUUGCACUGGUUGGUCUUACCUUCUACGAAAAACACCAGCUAAAAGAAGAAGCAGAGCACAGCCGAGAAGAGCCCAGGGUAGAGCAGAUAAGGAUACUCAAGCCUUCUCUUGAAAUAAUCGAUGAGAUAGUCUAUGAGCUUAGACCCCUAUAUAAACACUACAAAAUACGAAUGGAGCUCCCCAAUCACGCGUUCUGCGGAGAGCUGGCUCUCUGGCUCAACAAUAAAUCUCUAGCAGAGAUCAUUGAUGCUUCUCCUCUCUCAGAAGGCGUGAUCGUAAAGUACAUUAAAAAAGCAACUGAAAUAUGCACAGAGAUAGCGAUAGCAGCAAAGAUACUAGGAAACCCAAGACUGUCGCAGGAGGUAGAGGCAAUAAAUGAAAAACUAAAGAGGGGAAUUGUCUUCACCCCGAGCUUAUACUAUGGGUAA